AUGGUCGAGCUUUUCUCUGCGCAGAUGUUCGACUGGGGCUGGGUACACUGCGACCCUCACCCAGGGAAUGUGCUUGUUCGCCCGUCACCGUCAAACCCUAAGCGUGCACAACUUGUCCUCCUCGACCAUGGGCUGUACGUGCGGGUGCCGGAGGACUUCAAACGGGAGUGGGUCAGGCUCUGGCGUGCGAUGCUCGUCGGCGACUACAAGGGCGUCGAAGAGGUCACGAACUCAUGGGGAAUGGGGCUCCCCGAUCUCGUCGCAAGCUUCACCCUCAUGCGCCCUACAAUCCUCCGGAAAGGCCGGAAGCCGAAACCGCGUCAACCGGACGAGGAGGCACAGAAGGAGCACACGCCGCUGACGCAGUACGAAAUGAGCGUGAAGAUGAAGCAGAAGCUGAAGGAGUUCCUGACGGACACGGACCGGAUGCCCAAGGUGCUCAUCUUCCUCACGCGGAACAUGCGCAUGGUGCAGGGGAACAACCAGUCGUUCGGCUCUCCCGUGAACCGCGUCAAGAUCACAGGCUACUGGGCGUCGCGUGCGGGGACACGCCAUGCGAGUUUGGGUGUGGUCGAGCGCAUUAGAGAAUGGUGGCAGCACGUCGUGUUCCGGUUCGCGAUGUUCACGAUUGAUAUCGUCUUUUGGAGGACGAGGUUCGUCUUCUGGCUGAGGGAGACGAGGGCGAAGUUCCGUCUUGGUGGAGGUGGUACGAAGGAGAAUGGCGGCUUUGAGGAAGAGCUGGAAAGGACAAUGAGGGGUUUCGCGAAAGAUAACUUUGGGCUCGAGAUGGGUGAAGCCACGUUCGCUGGAUAA